CGGGGGCGUGGCAAGGCCGUAUAAGAACGGAGGGGGCGGCGGCAAGAACGCUCACUCGGUGCCGCUGCUUGGGGGCUGUAGUGACCGCGCCGCUCCUGCUGGGGGCUGCCCUCGCCAAGGACCUCCCUCUGUCGUCUCCUCUUCCGCCGCCCAGGGAGGCGGUCUGAGCUGUACCAGCAGGGGUUCUGUCCUUUGACAUUCUUGUUUGUGAAGAUGGAAACCUUAAUAUCUCUGGAGUCAAGCUUUUACUUGAGAUAACUGAAACCUUGUGUCUUAAGUGUUCAUGUUCCACCUGUCCACUGCAGCCAGAUGAGAGAAGAGAAGGGAAUUCAGGGCACCUGAGUUUCCCUGCAAGAACACCCCCCGAGAUGGCAGAGGAGAACAGCAAUACCAGGGACUGCCUGUCCUCCAGCGUGCUCAGCUGGGAUCAGGUCAGCCGUCUGCAUGAGGUCCUGACUGAGGUCGUACCCAUCCACGGACGAGGCAACUUUCCGACCUUGGAGAUAACUCUGAAGGACAUCGUGCAGACCGUGCGCAGCCGGCUGGAGGAGGCGGGCAUCAAAGUGCAGGACGUCCGGCUGAACGGCUCUGCGGCUGGCCACGUCUUGGUCAAAGACAACGGCCUGGGUUGCAAAGACCUGGACCUCAUCUUUCAUGUGGCUCUUCCCACAGAGGCGGAGUUUCAGCUGGUCAGAGAUGUGGUGCUGUGCUCCCUCCUGAACUUCCUGCCGGAGGGUGUGAACAAGCUCAAGAUCAGCCCGGUCACCCUGAAGGAGGCCUACGUCCAGAAACUGGUGAAGGUCUGCACGGACACGGACCGCUGGAGCCUGAUUUCCCUCUCCAACAAGAACGGGAGGAACGUGGAGCUGAAAUUCGUCGACUCCAUCCGGCGCCAGUUCGAGUUUAGCGUGGACUCUUUUCAGAUCAUCUUGGAUUCGUUGCUCUUUUUCUACGACUGCUCCACUAGCCCCAUCUCUGAGCACCUCCACCCCACGGUGAUCGGGGAGAGUGUGUACGGGGACUUUGAGGAAGCCUUCGACCACCUGCAGAACAGACUGAUCGCCACCAAGAACCCCGAAGAGAUCCGGGGCGGGGGGCUGCUCAAGUACAGCAACCUCCUGGUGCGGGACUUCAGGCCCACGGACCAGGAGGAGAUCAAAACUCUAGAGCGUUACAUGUGCUCCAGGUUUUUCAUCGACUUCCCGGACAUCCUCGAACAGCAAAGGAAGCUGGAGACCUACCUUCAAAACCACUUUGCCGAGGAAGAGAGGAGCAAGUACGACUACCUCAUGAUCCUUCGCAGGGUGGUGAACGAGAGCACCGUGUGCCUCAUGGGGCACGAGCGGAGGCAGACCCUGAACCUCAUCUCCCUCCUGGCCUUGCGCGUGCUGGCAGAACAAAACAUCAUCCCCAACGCCACCAACGUCACCUGCUACUACCAGCCAGCUCCGUAUGUCAGCGACGGCAACUUCAACAACUACUACGUUGCCCACCCCCCAGUUACCUACAGCCAGCCGUACCCUACCUGGCUACCCUGUAACUAACCCUGAGACCUGAGGGUUUCCACAGCGGGGACCCCAAUAGGGCAAGGGCUCUCAGGUAGGGGAGCCUCCUUCUAGAUGUAGGUGUUUGGCUUUUAAAGGGGAACUCAGCUCUGAUUCUGCUUAUUUUGUUCUUGUGCACCCAUUGGAAUGGGUCUACAGUAUAUCAUGAGCCAACCCUGAAGGGACCCCAUCAUUCCAGUGCCACUUUGGAAAACGCUAGAGGAAGUAGGACCCAUCCACAUCUUUCCGAGAGAGACACUAACAUGUCACGUCCCAAACAUCCGCGCGGGGACAUUUGGAGCUCUGUGCACUAAUGGAAUCUGGGAAAGUUCCUGGGCGGUGUUUCUCACUCAGGCCUACAGUUGGCUCUGUUGGCCCUCACUUGGGGUUCUCAGCUGUUAGGUGAAAGUUGUGGUGAUAGUCUAUUUUCUUGUACCAAUUUUAGCCAGGCAGAUAAUGGUGGACAUGAGAGUGGUCUCGUGACUGCAUUUUUCUGUUCGGGGGACUGAAUUGCGUAUGUUUAUUCCCUGUUAGCAGAGCUGAGGAUUUCUUCUCAUUGAUAAACCAAAGCCGGUAGCUGGAGAAUUGAGAUCUGGUUGAAAGUGGUUCAUGGUUUAGAUGUUGUGCUCUCACGAGGAUUUGUGAGAUAUUGCUGAGGGGGGAAAAAAAAAAAAAGACCUUUGCUUGAAAUGUAACUUGAAAACAAAAUAAAAUGUGGAACAUAAUGUUAAAAGCAGAAUUGUGGUGGGGGUGGGGAGGGGCUGAUUGUAAAUAGGAAACAUGAAUGUUCUUUCUUUUUUUUUCUUUAAGGAAUUCUUAUUGAAUGACACCUCCCCCCCCUCCGCCCCCCACCCGCCCCCAGCAGCUUAUCACUUUAGUUUUGCUCUUCCUAAGACGAAGGAUUGUCCAGAGUCCUUGCAGUAACUGACGCGAGGGUCUUCCCAUGUUUUAAUUGGAAACCCAUUUUGGUCACAUUCCGAGUAUGACCAGCUGUUUUUCUCGAGUACCUUGGCUGAUUACUUUUUGUUUGUUUUUGUUCUUUACUCAAAAAAUAGCGAUUCCCCUCCCCGGACUUUUUUGGACAGCAAAUGAAUUCAGGAAUUUCAACGGGGCUGAAUGAUCUGUGGGACGACCUGCUGUGGUGGGCAGAGUUCUUUGGCUGAAAACUGCUUUGGAAUUGAACCUGCCGCCCCUGUGGCGUGCGUGAGGUAGAGGCUUCGCGCUCACUCGGGCCUUGUGUGCGCGGCGUGAUUAAUUCUGGUGUGUUCUGGGAAGAAUGGAGUACAUGAAGAAUGUCUUCCUUAUUCUGGUAGAUUUGACCGUACUUGUUUCUUGUCUGCACUUUAGAAGGAAAACAGUGUUAAUCUCCAGUCUAAAGCAAGCUCAGUGAAUGGGGGCGUUCUGGGCUGCUGCCCUCCCAGUAGAUGGUGAGUUUUGAAACUUCUGUGGUAUCUCUUAGAAAGCAUCACUCUAGGGCACUAAGGGCAAAGGAACUCAGUAGCACCAGCCAGCUUGGUUUAUAGAGUGACUUCAUCAAAUCCACACUCCUGAUUUUUCCUUUCUUCCGUGGCCAUAGAAUUCCCCAGCCCUGAGUGAUUGCUUUCCUUUUUUCCUUGCUUUAGGCAGUGAAGUUACCUUACGGCUUAGCAGAAACCGAGUGGUUUACCUUUUUCUGAAGAUGGUAUUUUCAGGGUGUUUUUUUUUUUUUUUUUUUUUGGGAAUGUGAGAUCUUGGUCCUCUUAAAGCAGAUUGGUCGUGACUGAACCCCGAGGCUUAGCUGGUAUCCAUGUUGUCCUACGCUAGGUGAAUAGAAGCCACUUCUGUGGGCAACCAGCUCCUGCAACCAGCUCCUGUUUCCCUGUGAAUCGCAGUCACAUUUGAAUUCACUGGCUUUGAGUCCAGGCCAGUUCUACACUGAGGGGGGCCCAGCAUGCUUCAGGGUUAAAAGGGGGGCAAUGAGGACUGAAUCCCAACUUUGAAAACUACAUGUUCCUCCGUGACAUUGAAAGGCUGCCAUUGUGGUUGGAUGGCAACAUCUUUGCACAAAAGUGACAGAUAUGUUUAACCAGAGCUUUGAGAUGUGAUGGAGCCAUGAACAUAAGCACUUGCUAACAGAAGUCAGUGCUGCUGUACUAGGAGGCUUGACGAUCAGGGUGAUGAGGCUCCAGAUGAAGAUAGGAUCAGAGAACCACAUCAAGUAAUUAAAUUUCCAGUUUGCCCUUGGAGUUCUUUCUGCUUCUAUUUUUUUGCUAUCCGGUACUAGUCCUCCUCUGAGGAGGGAGGGAAGCACAGAAAUUGCUAGAAAUUUCCAGGUUUGCGCCCCCCCCACCCCCUGCCCCAGUUCUUUACUACCAUUGCACGAUGACUAUCUUUGGUACAGUCUGCUUACCUGAAGUUUUUGGUCAGCCCAGCUGUCUUGAAGUUUGAAAGGAGACACAUGUUCUAGAACCAUCGGGGUAAAAAGCCUCACUGACCAAAGCUGCACUUUUAAAACCCCGCCCUGGUCCGGUGGUGUCUCUACCUGUUCUACAAGCUUUGCCAGCCUCAGAAUAGACCAGGUAACCUUGAAUUUCAGGUGUUUGGAAAGUCCAGCUGAAACCUGCCUUUCACACUGCUCACACAAGCACCAGGUACCCUGAGUACCCAGGUACUGAGACCAGUGGUUCCUCUCUUUUGUGUGUUGAGUAACAUGAAACUUGGCAGUGGCUAAGGGCACUAAAGUUCAAGUACAAAUUCUAAUAUAAAUCUAAGCAAUCCCUUUUUGCUUCAGGCCUCCACAGUUCUCUGAUGCUUUCUGCAAGUACGCAGCUUGUUUUCCUGGCCUGCUGCUUGGAAUCCGUUUGAGCAGCAGCGAGAUUAAAACAGUACCGUUUCCCCUUGUGUUGGCAGAGGGGCCCAGUCUGAAUUCCUGGCCUGGCGCUUCAGUCUCACCCUCAAAUUUUACUUUGGCAAGAAGACACGAUUCCUCACUCAACUUUAAGUCUGAAACUAAACUCUCCGUCACUAACACCUUCAAAUCAGGGUCCCUGCUAACUGCAUGUGGGCUGUAUCCUGGCCCACACUCGGGAGCACCUGGCAGCGUGUGGGGCAGGGGGUUGGAGGCGGGGAGAGUCGGGUAGGAAAGACGCUGGGUCCCUGCUGUGUGCUCACAGAUGUGGUUUGGCGGCCAAGCGCCCCCACCCCACCCGGUUUGAUUUUUUUUUUUCCCCUUGGGGAUUUGAGUCACUGUGAGCUGUGUGUGAACCCGCUUUUUGGGGUGACACAUUAACAGUCCCAUCGCUGAUGCCCUGAAUCUGCUUGUCCUUCCACGUCCGUGCGAGCACUAGCUGCUUACCUGCAUGGUAGGUGAGGGUUUUAACUCGCACUGCUUUGGUGACUUUGAGAAAUGGUGCCGCUGAAGAGCAGCUUCCUAACUGUAGGAACACCUCCUUUCUAGUUCACUUCCUGGUACUGGUGCCUUGUUUUACGACGCAGCUAGAUUCUGGGCUCAAAUGUGUUGAUAGCUAUCCCUGUGUGGGGAGAGAGCCUGUCGCUCACCGGGGCCAUUAUUUCCUGGGUGUCCGACUGGGGCUGUAUACCAGGGAGAACCCUUCGGUUGGCUUCUCUGAGGUCAAGAACUUCCAUUUGCCAGGGUUAGAUUCGGAUCCUUAAUCUGGCAGAGACCAGAAUGUCACAGCUGGUUUUGGAACCUAUUCCAGUUCAGCCAAUUCCAUUCAGAGGACCAAGGGAGGUACGUAGGGAGGAUGUAUUUUAAACCUGGCAACUUUGCCGGGUUAUCUGUGGAGACCCCCCCAAGGUGAGGACCAGGAAAGAAAAUGUUUUGUGUGUGUGUGUGUGUGUGUGUGUGUGUGUGUGUGUGUUUGUGGGGUUUUUUUGUUUUUGUUUUGUUUUUGUGAGUUCUAAAUCUUGUUUACCUAUCACUUUUUCAAAAAUAGUUUAAGCGUAAGCUAAAGAAAAUGCUUGGAGGUUUGCCUGGGCUGGUGCGAGUUGGUACAAAACUGUCAUGUGUGUUUGUAUAGGGAGGUGAGAAGACCAUCCAUUAAAGAGGAAGUCAUUAAAUAAGAUGGAUAGGUGGGCAUUUUAAAACUGAAGCCAUCUGGUUGUUUUUUUUUUUUUUUAUGGAUAAAAAAAAUAGCUGCUUCAGGAAAAUUAAGAGUUUUUAGCUAGUAAUUUCCAAAUUGAUAUAGAUGAAAAGUAAGAUACUCAUUAGACUGAAUUGGAAGCUUUUUGUUAUUCUGCUUUUGCAAAGCCUUUGAAAUGUUCAUUCUUCAGUGAUGCCUAAGAUGCGUGAGGUUUCCUCUUUGGUGUGAUGGUCACUGACCUUCUUAUGUGAUGAAGGUGAAAUCACUUGUCAAUGCAAGCUAUAUUAGAAGUUAAUGAAUUAAAGCUUUGAGUUUGAGAAAUAAAGAUAUAUUUAAAAAACCCCAAAA